GUUUCAGGUCAUUUUGUAGCGACGGACUACAGAUCCCAGCAAGCUGAGAGGCUCGCUUCGUUUUUAAGCGUCCUCUCUGCAAUUAGACUACACCUCCCAGACUGCCCGUGUAUAGUACCCACGUGCGAAGAAAGGUUGGGAAAAGUGAGGCUGCUGGUCACCGGUGGUCGUCGCGAAGGAAGGGACUUCCUUUUCCUAGUCUUAAACUGAGGGGCAGUCCCCUCCUUGGGUUUCUCUUUACUAGGAGGUUGGAGUUGUCGUCGGAUCUGGGCCCGUUUUUCGUACUAGUGAACAGGAUCUUAAUGAGAAUUGCAGCACAUCCUGGAUACCGAGAAGACCAAAUACGUUGAAAUCCUCAGUUUUCGACUUGGCCAGUUGAUGAAGAAACUUUUUGAGUCUUUCACUGGUGAGAUUUCUUACAUCUGACUAUGCGACUUUCGGCCCUGCUGGCCUUGGCAUCCAAAGCCACCCUCCCUCCCCACUACCGCUAUGGGAUGAGCCGUCCAGGCUCCCUCUCAGACAAGAGGAAGAAUCCUCCAUGGAGCAGACGGCGCCCAGUGGUGGUAGAGCCCAUCUCUGAUGAAGACUGGCACCUAUUCUGUGGAGACAUGGUGGAAAUCUUAGAAGGCAAAGAUGCUGGGAAGCAGGGCAAAGUGGUCCAAGUCAUUCGACAGCGGAACUGGGUUGUCCUGGAGGGGUUGAACACGCAUUACCGUUAUGUUGGCAGAACCACGGAUCACCGAGGGACCAUGAUCCCCAGUGAAGCCCCCUUGCUUCACCACCAGGUCAAGCUAGUGGACCCUGUGGACAGGAAACCCACUGAGAUCCAGUGGAGAUUUACUGAGGCAGGAGAGCGGGUUCGAGUCUCUACAAGAUCUGGGCGAAUUAUCCCCAAGCCUGAAUUUCCUCGAGCAGACGGCAUUGUCCCUGAAACAUGGACUGAUGGCCCCAAGGACACAUCAGUGGAAGAUGCUCUAGAAAGAACGUAUGUGCCCCGGCUAAAGACAUUAGAAGAAGAUGUGAUGGAGGCUAUGGGGAUCCAGGAGACUCGAAGACACAAGAAGGUUUAUUGGUACUGAGACUGAGCUGCUGCCUGCUCUGUCUUCACCUUGAGAGUGGAGGCCCCUCUUCUCCAGCACUAAUAAAGAGCCAUGAGAGUA